CCUUUCAAACCCUAAUCACCGUAUCUCCAUCACAAAUCGGCGAAAUGCAGAUCUUCGUGAAAACCCUAACGGGUAAGACGAUCACCUUGGAGGUUGAAUCCUCCGACACGAUCGACAAUGUGAAGGCGAAGAUCCAGGACAAGGAAGGCAUUCCACCGGACCAACAGCGACUCAUCUUCGCCGGAAAGCAGCUUGAAGACGGUAGAACACUUGCCGACUACAACAUCCAGAAGGAGUCGACUCUCCACUUGGUCCUCCGUCUCCGUGGUGGCGCAAAGAAGCGAAAGAAGAAGACAUACACGAAACCCAAGAAGAUCAAGCACAAGCACAAGAAGGUGAAACUGAGCGUGUUGCAGUUCUACAAGGUUGAUGAUUCCGGCAAGGUUCAGAGGCUGAGGAAAGAGUGCCCGAAUGCCGAGUGUGGUGCUGGGACUUUCAUGGCAAAUCAUUUCGAUAGGCACUACUGCGGCAAAUGCGGACUUACCUACGUCUACCAGAAAGCUUGAGGUUGAUUGAAUUAGAUAAGUGCUUUUUAUAUGUUAUGGAUAACAAUUCUGAAUUCUUGUGGUUAUUUUUGAUUAAAAAUGGAUAAUGAUGUUGUUUUUUUUACUUAAUUUGAAUGCUUUCGACUA